GGACAUGAGUCCCCUGCUGGGGCUGGAGGAAGCUGAUGUCCUUGAGGAGGAAACUACACAAUAACAAGUCACAUGGCCAGGGGAGGGGGCUUCCUGUUUCCUGGCGCCUCCCAGGCCAGCCUUGUCCAGCCCAGGCCUGAGCUGGCAGUGGCCAAAGUGACCCCAAGAGUGUCCAGGGACUCAGGCCUCUGACCAACGUGCUCCCACAGGUACAGAGAAGUAGAAGCAGGCUGAGGGGACUAAAGAUUGGGGCCUCUGCUUCAGGAGGGCCCUAAGGAGAAGAGGAACCCUUGAAGUCUUCAUUCCAGAUCCAGACUGGGGAGGGAGGCAUGGACAGAGGUAGUGAAAGAUAAAGAAAGAAGGAGGCAUAGGAGAGUGGGGAGGUUAGGGUAACUUGGGCAGUGAGCUCCCUAUCCAGGGAGGCAUUUGUAUGUGCCAAAUCAACACUGAUACUUCAGGAUCCCUUCUGGAGGGGGAAAUCAUUGCCUAUUUCACGGAAGAGGAAAUUGAGGCUAUCAUUUGCCCAGAACAUGAGUUCACAUGAGGCUGUGGUUUUAGGGAGUAAGGAAGGAGGUGGAUUCAGAGGACACUGAAAAUUUCUGGACAGCAAUGAGUGCGCGGGCCACACGUCCCCGAAGCCGGCGAGGGAGACAUGCUCUGCCCGGUGAGCUGGACCCUGUGGCAGAAGAGGCUGAGGCAGCCAGCGUAAAUUCUGAGCUGGGCCCUCAGCCAUCUCAGGACAGCUGUAAGCCUGAGCUGCUGGGGCCCAAGGUGGAGGCCAGUGUGCAGGGCCUGGGGAGCAGGACCGACAAAAAGGCUGAUGGGGAUUCUAUCAGGGGACUGGCCUCUGUCCACAAGGGACCCCAUGAGCCUGCAGAUGAAGCCCACCAGGCUCCGGAGGCAGCCCCGCAGGACACGGAGACUGUCCCUUAUGGACCUGGGGCUCCUGAUGUGUUUCAGACUCUUGAGCAUGCUCUGAGCUCUCUGGAGGCAGCGGCUGCUGCCUGGCGCUGCCAGCCCCCAAGCUGUCCUGGGUUGAUGGAGGCAGAGGAUAGAAGUGAAGUGGGACCAAGUGCCUGCUUGCAGCAGGAAGCAGGGAGCUGCCAGGGGGAGGUGGCCCGCCUCACAGAGAGGAAUGCAUGGCUGCGUUUAGCCCUGGGCUGCCGCCACGAGGAGCUGACCCACAUGCAGGCCUCCCUGCAGGCCGUUCAGGCGGAGAAGGAGAUGCUGCAGAGAGAGGUCCAGGAGCUGCAGGAUUCCCUGGAGCCUUUCCCACCUCCCUCCCGUGGCCAAGCAGGUGGUGCUUCGGACAGUGGGUCCAGCAACUCUGGGGUAGAUGAGGAGCUCUGGGGGACUCAGCGCCUCUGCAGUGAUUCCAGCAUCCAGACACUUGGGUCUCUCCCCAUCCAGCCUCAUGCCCCCGAGAUGCACAUCAUGGAAGCCCAGAUGGAGCGACUUCGGGGGAGUAUUGAGAAGCUCAAAUGCUUCAACCGCCUGCUGUCAGCUGUGCUCCGGGGGUACAAGGGUCAGUGUGAAGGCCUCAGCAUGCAGCUGGGCCGGCGGGAGUCUGAGGCCACAGCUCUGCACCUGGCCUUGCAGUACAGUGAGCACUGUGAGGAAGCGUACGAGGCCCUGCUCACUCUCCGGAAGGCAGACCCGGGACCAGGAGAGGCCCCCACAGGCGACCUAGAGGCAGCUGAGAAGGGAGCCCAGAGGCUGCUGGCACAGGAGGAGGCUGCCGUGGAUGGAGGAGCACUGCGGGAUCCAUGGCCAAGCCCUGAGGGCAGCAGUGUGCAUAAGUCCACACCACAGGAGGUGGCUACCCGGCUCCAGGGUUAUGUCCAGUGUCUCCAGGAUCGCCGCGCUCUGGUGAAGAUUCCCCCAGAGCCUGGCCCCACAUUGGCACCCAUGCCUACUGUGCCCCGUGCAGAAGCCAUGGUGAAAGCUCUUCUGGGGACCCAGCCUGGCCCAGCCCUACCCCGGCUGGAGAAGAUGCAGAUCCAGCAGGACUUGGCAGCCACACGGGAGACGCUGGCCGACCUGCUGCUGCGGCUGCAGCUGGUGCAGCGGGAGAAACGGGGCCUGGAGCUGCGGGAGGCCGCCCUCCGAGCCCAGGGCCCAGCCCACACACUCCUGCUGGAGCAGCUGCAGUGGGAGCAGGCACAGCUCCAGGGCGGUGGCGCCGGCAGCAGUGGUGGGGACAGCAGCGGGGAUGAGGAGUGGUCCCAGGGCCCUCCUGCUGUCCCUGGUGGAGGCAGGGGCACUGAUGGAGGUCAGGUGGGCAAAGUGCAGGACCCAGAGGAGCUAUCUCAGGAACUGGAGGCAUCACUUACCCGGGCCCUGGGACUGCAGGAGCAGCUGCAGUCUUUGAGGGAAGAGCUGGAACAUGUGGCUCAGAAGGGGCGAGCCAGACGUGCUCAGAGUGCUGAGCUGAACAGUGACCUAUGCAAGGCUCAUAGUGCCUUGGUCCUGGCCUUCCGAGGUGCCCACCGGAAGCAGGAGGAACGACAGCGGAAGAUGGAGCAACAGAUGGCAUUCAUGAAGGCCCGACAGGCAGAGGAACUGGCUGUGCUGGAAGCCACCAUGCGGGCUCUGCAGAAGCCCAGGCCACCUUCCCGGUGUGGGGAGACACUUCUGUAGGCCGUAUGCCUGGUCACAUCUGGAUAUACCAGACAAUUGUGGCUGGCCACAUCAUAAACUGUCCUGGAGUGAUGUUA